AUGGCGACGCCUAUCAUCUCGCCCGAAAACGUUGGACCUCCGCCGUACAGCUCCUCGUUGGGGUUCUUGCCCCGUCCGUCGUUCUCCGCGCGGGCGAGGACACGCGCGCCUCGGCAGUCGCUGCGGUUCAAGGAUCGGGCCACCGGCGUCGACGUGACGCUCGUGGGAACCAUGCACUACAACCCGGUUUCCAUCGAGCUCGCGAGCAGCACGGUGACGCGGCUCAGGGAGGCGGACGCCCUCCACGCGGUGGUCCUGGAGUCGUGUCCCAGCCGAUGGAAGAAGACGCAGAAGACGCAGCCCCCGGGCAGCUUCCUGCGGUGGUUCCUCUACAACGAGAUGCUCGCAGCCGCGGACGCGGCGGGCGACCCGACGAAGAUCAGGCUCGGCGACCAGCGCAUCGAGGACCUCGGAGCGUGCGCGCGACGGACGAUAGCCGACACGACGAGGGACGUGCUGAAUCCCCUCGGCGGAUGGGGCCGGCUCGUUCGCGAUUGGCGCGACGGUUUCGACCGAGAGAUCAACGGCCGCGGGGACGCGCGCGGUAACCUGCGCGCGGCGGACCUGUGGCGCGACGCCGCCCUGCUCUUAGGCAUGCCCGUGAGCAUGUUCAAGUAUCCGAUGGCGUGGGCGAUCAAGUCUCCCAAGGUGAUCGUGCCGUUCGCGGCGUUCGUGUGGGGGAUCGAGCGCAUCCCGACCCUCGUUCGCCCGGGCGGCUUCGACGCCGUCACCGGCGCGUACGUGAUGAGCGGGGAGGAGCGGUUGGUGAGCGCGCUGUUCCUCGCCCUGGACGUCGCCGAGGUGGUGUUCGUAUCCAGGCUCUUCCUCAAGGCGCUGCUCGAGACCAGGAACGACAUACUGAGCCGAAGCAUCCGGGUGGCGUGCGAGGAGAGCGUCGAGUCGGGAGAGGGCGGCGGCGUCGUCGCGGUGCUCGGGGCGGCGCACCUGAACGGGGUGCAGCUUCGGCUGAUGGGGGACGGGGACGACGAGUGGUGGGCGGGGGCCGGGGAGGGAAGCGGGGAGGGCGCCGGCGAGGACGUCGCGCCCGCCGAGGCGCCGUCCAGGUGAUGA